AUGUCUCUAGAGGAGAAUAACCUUCGCAUUGAGGAAGAACAUCAAGAGACCCUGCAAACCUCCUCUGACCACAGUGUAGCACAGGCAAGUGAAGCAACAGAAGAAGAACCUCCUUACCCUUGCUCUGUGGCUCCAGAGGAAGAUCUCCAGAAUUCAUCUGUUCCUGAGCCAAGUAACAUCCCCCAAGAGCCUUAUACUAUUCCAAGCCCCAGCAGAAGUGUUGUAGAGUUCCUUAGCAGCCGAUCUAAUAGGCGUAAAAAGAGCCAACAAGACAAUGAGGGUCCAAGUACCUCAACAGCCACAGCCUGCACUGCAAACUUUAAUGAUUUUUUAGAUGACAAGGUAGAUUUAAUGGAACAUUAUAUUCUCUACAGGUUUGAAAGGCAACUGCCUAUUUUCAAGGAAGACCUGAUAAGAUUUGUUGAUGCUAUGGAUGAAGAAGAAUUUGCUGAGAUCCUACAGAGAACUUCUGAAAAUAUCGAGAUUUUCUUUGGGGUUACUGUGCAAGGAGUAGAUACAGACAAUAUCCAGUAUGAACUAGUGAGCAAGCUAAAACUCCCCAAUAAUGGAAGGAUCCAUGCAGGUAACGGUUUACCCAAGACUGGCUUUGUGAUGACAAUACUAGGUGUAAUUUUCAUGAUGGGUAACCAUGUGACUGAGGAAGAUCUUUGGAAAUUUUUAAAACAAAUGCAUGUACGCCCAGGAAAGAGACACUAUGUGUUUGGGGAGCCCCACAAGCUUGUUAGCGAAGAUUUGGUGACCUUACAGUACCUGGAGUACCGACAAAUACCUAACAGUGAUCCUCCGUGCUAUGAAUUUUUGUGGGGACCAAAGGCUUAUAGGGAAACUAACAAGAUGGAAGUGCUAGAAUUUUUAGCCAAGGUUAGUAAAAAUGAUCCUAGAAAAUUUUCAACUCAUUAUGAAGAAGCUUUAAAAGACAUAGAAGAGAGAGCCAAAGCAAAUAAGAAAAGCCAGGACGAAGAGUGA